GUAUUUACAAGGACUCACGCAGGACGUUAACUUUUAAGAUGUCAUCAUAGUUAAGAGCACUCACAUUAAGAAGCUGCACUGAGAUGAACAUUGUGAGAAAAAUCAAUUUCAUGAUACCGUGGGAUGUAUUUUGGCUUCAUUUUCUGUUCUUUUGUUUGAAAGGUAAGUUGUUUUGGACUGUGAGGCAUUUAUACAAUCUUUGUUCUUGCCCUCAGGAUUGCCUUAAUGGAGCAGUUUGCACUGAGGCAGGAGUGUGUGACUGUGAGACAUUCCAGGCACAGGGGGAACGGUGCCAAAUUGUUGCAAAUGCUGGCAAAGACAGAGAUGGCAUUUGCAAAUCAUGGGGACAGUAUCACUUUGAAACAUUUGAUGGUAUCUACUACUACUUCCCAGGAAAUUGUUCUUAUAUUUUUGUGAAAGACUGCGGUGAUCCAGAGCCUCAAUACACUGUGUGGAUAAAUAACAGUCCACAUUGUGUUGGUUCAGUAUACUCCUGUUUGCGGUCAAUCAGCUUGUUUUUUUCAAAUCACGAGGAAAUACAUAUAUUUCGUCAUGAAGUAAUAAAGGGAAAAAUUAGGUUGACAUUGCCCCAGACAAUUGGAAAUAUUUUCAUUGAGCGAUUAGCAGAUUAUAUUCUGGUGAAAACUACCUUUGGCUUUUCCCUGGCUUGGGAUGGAAACACUGGAAUUUACAUUAAACUAACAGAAGAACACACAGGGAAAACAUGUGGUCUCUGUGGAAAUUAUAACAACAAUACAGCAGAUGAUUUUGUAAUACAAAAUAGUGACUAUUCAGAAGAUAUUGCUAAAUUUGCAAACAGUUGGUUGGUGGAAACUCCAAAUCACGCAGCUUGUGUAGCUACUCCCUCUGAUUUUCCCAGUCCUUGCUAUAUUGAUGCACAGUCUUAUGAGGACAUCUACUUCAAGUGCCAAAUACUCUUGCAGUUUCCUUUCUUUAGCUGCCAUCGAAGCAUAGACCCUUAUCCAUAUAUUUCCAGCUGUAUGAAUGAUCUUUGUAGAGAGAAUGAUGAUGAAAGUUACUGCCGUGCAGUGACAGAAUACACUCGAUCAUGUUCGCAUGCAGGCUAUCCAAUACGAGAUUGGAGAGAUGAUUUUCCAGCAUGUAUUGAUAAAUGUGAAGACACUUUUAUCCACCGGGAUUGUAUUAGCUGUUGCCCACCAACCUGUACCUUUGAGAAAGAUUGCCUUGGAAGUAACCUUCAUUGCUUAGAUGGAUGCUACUGCCCAGAUGGGCUUAUUCUGGACAAUGGAACUUGCAUUUCUGUAUCUGAGUGUCCUUGUAUUUAUCAUGGCAGAGCUUUCCCUGUAGGCUCAACAAUUGAGCAAGAAUGUAGUAAUUGCAUUUGUAUUGGUGGAACUUGGAACUGUACUCAACAUGAUUGCCCAGCGGAGUGUUCAAUUGUUGGUGAUUCUCAUUUUACAACAUUUGAUGGUCGUCAUUACACCUUCAUUGGGAUAUGUCAGUACAUUUUGGUGAAAGGCACUGGGGAAGAUAAAUUUACAAUCACUUUACAGAAAACUCCCUGUGGUCAGAACCUUGAUCAAGCAUGCAUUCAGUCUGUAACACUUGUUCUUGAAGAUGACAUAAACAGGCAAGUGACUCUGAACCAGGGUGGUGAAGUUCAGUAUGGUUCUUCCAGCCAGGCAUUAAAUCUAAAUGGAUAUGUUGAAGUGCAGAACUUGUCUUCAUUGUUUGUGCAGCUGAAAACUAAAUUUGGCUUAAAAAUCCAUUUUGCUAAAGAUGGUGAAAGAGUUUAUAUUCAACUCAGCACUGACUGGAAGAGCAGAACAUUGGGACUUUGUGGAACUUACAAUGGGAAUUUGAGAGAUGAUUUUCUAUCUCCAGCAGGAAUGAUUGAGGGUACUCCACAGCUUCAUGCUAAUGCGUGGAAAGUUUCAUCAACAUGCCAUGUGCCUGUCAACAUCCCUGUAGUUGAUCCUUGUAACAUUAACCAACAAAAUGCUGGAUACGCAUCCCAGUGUGAUGUCAUCAAUCAAGAACUCUUUGCUCCAUGCCAUGUCUAUAUCGAUCCAGCACUAUAUUACCAACUGUGUCGCUUUGAUGCUUGCAAAUGUGGAAGCAGCUGUUUGUGCAAUGCCUUGGCUCACUAUGCUCAUAUAUGCAGAAAACAUGGAAUUAGUAUUGACUUCAGAUCCCAAGUCUCAUAUUGUGCAUUGGUGUGCAAAAGUGGUAUGCUGUACCACUCAUGUUCUUCUUUUUGUGAACAUUCCUGUUCUUCCCUUCCUGUCUUGGAUACUUGUGACCAUGACUGCGCUGAAGGCUGCAAUUGCCCCCAAGGAAAAUACUUUGAAGAUUCUAUCAACUUUUGUGUGCCAGUGACUAGUUGUCGGUGUUAUUAUAAAGGAAGAGGUUUUCAACCUGGGGAAAUUCUGCCCACACCAUCCGGCUCAUGCCAGUGUCUAAAUGGAACAAUGAGAUGUACGGAAGCUGCUGCAGUUCCUGCAGUCCAGACAUGUCCUGAAGGAAAAAUCUACUAUGAUUGCCGAUCUCAUGUACCUGGCUUGCCAUCUGCUGGAGUAAACUGUGAGCUGUCAUGUGCAAACCUAGCCAUGAACUUUACCUGUGCACCAUCUCCUCCAUGUGUAAGUGGUUGCAUUUGUCCUCCUGGGAUGGCAGAGCAUAAAGGAAAAUGUUAUGUGCCGGACAGUUGUCCAUGUACCUGGAAAGAUUGGGAAUAUAUGUCAGGUGAAGUGAUAGCUACACCUUGUUACACAUGUACUUGUCGGCGUGGGAUUUUUAAUUGCACUUACUACCCUUGUCCUGCUGUAUGCACAGUCUAUGGGGAUCGACACUACUAUACCUUCGAUGGACUAGAGUAUGAUUAUGUCAGUGACUGCCAGGUUUAUUUGGCAAAGGGUGUCAACAGUUCAAACUUGUCUAUAAUUGUUCAAAACAAGAAGUGCUUUGACAAUGACAUUGUCUGUUCAAAAAAUGUUUUUAUUUCUGUUGGAGAUGCUGAGAUUUUUUUCAGUGAACCCCUAAGCUUACAGAGGACAUUAGGGAAGCAUGAAAACAAAUCCAAAUAUCAGAUCUGGAAGGCUGGGUUUUAUACUGCAGUACACUUCCCAGAGGAGGAGAUCACAGUUCUAUGGGACAGGAAGACAACAAUUCAUAUCAAAGUGGGAGCUAAAUGGAAGGGUAAAUUGGCAGGCUUGUGUGGAAAUUUCGACAAAUACACCUCAAAUGAUCUGACUACAUCCAACAACAUGGAAAUAAAAAAUGCUCAGCUUUUUGGAGAGAGCUGGGCAAUAGGACGGUGUGCAAGUCCCAAUGAAACCAUAAAACCAUGUGAAGUCCAUCAGAGCAAGUUUCCUUAUGCCAAAAAGGAAUGCUCAGUAUUGUACAGUGAUGUUUUUGCCCCCUGUCGUAAUGUGAUUGAUGUGACAUCAUUUGUCAAAAACUGCCAUACUGACACAUGUAAUUGUAAUCUUGGUGCAGACUGUGAAUGUCUGUGUACAAGUAUUGCAGCGUAUGCACAUAAAUGCUGCCAGGAGGGUGCAGCGAUUCACUGGAGAUCGCCUUCUCUCUGUCCUUAUGACUGUGAUUAUUACAACCAAGGGCUUGGAGAAGGACCAUAUAUUUUGGCCAGCUAUGGUCAGAAUGACACUGUGAUAGGAGUCAAUAUCACCAGCAAAAAGAUCUUUCCUUUGCCUAGAAUCAGCAUCAGUGGAAGUGUCUAUUUUAAUUUUAUGUUAACUCCUGGUCUUGUGAAAGACAAGAUACUAUCUCCAUCUCUGGUUUCACUUGAAUCUGCUGAAAGACCAAACUAUUUCCUAUUUGUUCACGAUGACAGAAGUGUUUCCUUAGAACAGUGGGUUGCAAGCUCAGCAUUUCGUAGAAGAGCAACUUUCUUCCAUCACCAAGGUCUUUGGAUCCCAGGUUACAGUGCGUUCGAACUACAUCGCAAGAAAGGUUUCUUCAUUAUACUCACCAUCUCUGCCGUGAAAGUGGCAAAGUAUGACAAUUCCGAAGAAUUCAAACGCUCCAGCAGCUUCAGUAUAGAGGAACUGCGUGCAGCAGUGCCUUAUAGGAGGAUGUGUGAAUGGAGAUAUGAGCCUUGCACAAGUCCUUGUGUUAAAACCUGCAGUGAUCCUGAAGGAAUAGCAUGUACAUUUCUUCCACCCGUUGAAGGAUGCUUACCGUAUUGCCCUAAAGAUAUGAUUCUUGAUGAAGUCACAAUUAAAUGUGUUUAUCCAGAAGACUGCAUACCUGUGAAAUCUACAGAAUCAUCAGGGACAAAGCCUACCUUACUAAGUACUCAACUAGUAGACACAAUAGAAACAUUUUCUCAAGUGCCUCCACUAUUUGUUACUGGAGGGGUAACAUUUAAUCUGACCACCAAAACCACAACUAAGAAAAUAAGGACUAAAGAACAAAUGCUUCUAGGUUUUUAUUCAACAGAAACAUCUCAUGCAAGUACAACUUUAUUUGAUAGCUUCAGUACACCAUCUGCAUUAUUUGGAUCUUCAUCUCCAACAACCCUCCCAACUAGUUCAAGAAUCUCAACAGCUACAGCAAAAACAACAUCCUACAGUACAAGUCCCACUUUUGUUAUGCCAUUGCCCUCUGAAACUACAGCUAUGACACCAUUGACAACCUUUCUUCUAACAACCACAUUCACAAAACCAUUAGGAUCCACAGCCACUUCUGCCAUAUUAUCUACAUUAACUGUUGAGCAAGGUUUUGCCCCUACUGAAAUACCUAAAAGCACCUUAACAACCAGAAGUCUUUCCACAAGUCCUUCGCAAGUGUCAAUUGGCGCUGCAACUCGAUCCUUAUUAACUGAACAGCAAUCUCUUCCAAGCCCCAUGUUGUUUACACAAUCACCACUAACACAUGCAUUUACUGUGAUUUCAAAAAGUAAGUCUUAUUUGUCUCCAUCACCCACAACCAUGUCUCUAGUUCCCUUUUUUACUUCUAGUCCUACUGUAGCUACAAAGUCUAUGCAUAGCACCUCAGCUUCAUAUGUAAUGACAAUCCAACCUGAAUUAAAAACAAAAACUAAAACAUCAAAAACACUUCUAACCACUAAAGUUCCCUUAACUACCAAACAUUUUUCUAUAACUUCAGAUAUACAUAGUGGAAUAUCACCUUCAAUUGCUACUCAAAGACCUACAACAAUACUAUCUUCAUUGGGUUUGAAUGUCACACAUGCAAUGUCUACAUUAGUGUGGCCUCCAAUUACAUCUCAGAGAUCUAAAGCAACUGGGGACGUUACCAUUGCUUCAAAAAGUUUUCAUAUCGGACCUUCUGCAGGUUCUCUUCCAAGUGUUCCUCAAGCUUCCAAACCAUUUUUGUCAAGUAUAGUUUCUAAAGAAAGUAAACACGCACUGCAUACAGAUUCAUCUCCAGUGCCAACUACUUCUUUGAGCUCAUUGAAAUUUGUUGGGACCAGGACUUUGCCUAGUAAUACUUCAUUUUCACCUAUAAAGACGCCACACGAUAUAGUACAAACAACUUCAACAGCCAGUAUGGAUAUGCUUGUCCCAAACACAGAAUUAAAAACUUCAUCUUUAGUUCACAGUGUAGAUACAUUUACUGCUUCUGCAGAGUUUCCAGGAAUGUCAUCUUUUACAAGUCCAUUGGUUUCAUUCCCAGUGUUAACACAGUCUUCUGUUCCUCAGAUCUCUGUUUCAGCGUCUCAUUCUGAACACUCAUCAGUAAUUCCCCAAACUGGUACCACUCCUAGUCUGAUACCAAUUACUACUCACAUACAGAUGCCAGGGGUAUCACUUGGUGAAAAAGUUACCUCAAGCAGCCCAGAUUCAUAUCUUGCAGCAUUGCCUUCAGCGGAUUCUUUGUUGGCAUCAAGUGUGGAUAUUUCCACAAUACAUGCUACAUCUUUAACUCCUUUGGAGGUCUCAGAUGUAAUUAUGCCAUCUUGGGUAGCUACAAGUUCGAUGACUACUCCAGUGGAUCAUAGAACAUUGACUUCAUUACAAAGUACAUUCAGUACUCAAUUUACCGAGCAAGCAACACAGCCAGCAUUAACGGUGGGUUCAAGUUCAAAUAUUACAUCAAUUCUGGAGGCUGUUACCGAAAAGUAUUCACUUAGCCCCUCUGUUAGUUUACUGCUUUCAUCUGUGGGCACAAUAGGGCCUCCCAAAGCUCCACAAGUUACUGAAUUUUCUUCUGCCAGUUCCAAAGUCCACACAGAUAUUGUAUCAGUCCCAAUUCCUGCUACCUUUCAAACAACUAUGUAUGUUCCAAAUGUUACUUUGAUUACAUCUAGACCUUCCACCGAAACCUUCAGAACAACGCCCAUUAAAAUGGAAGUAGUGACUACCUCAGGUGGGGUAGAACUGAGUAUGGCACAGACCUCUGAACUUCAAAAUGCAACUUCUGCUAUGGAAACUAUGCAUGCUCUAGCACAUAAUCAAACCUCAAAAUUACAGGAAAGUGCAAGCACGGAAGAACCAUCGUUACUCCCAAUUCAGGUGACUCCAUCUAUAGGUGAAGGCAGCACUGUGUCUGUGAAAACAGUCUCUCUCUCAGAUGUGACAGAUAUAACCGUUUCCGAUUGGUCUAGAAUUCCUCCACCAAAAUCAGUUAGACCUUACUACAGUAUGACUAAACCACAGCAAAUAAGGAUCACUAGCAUACCAAAUGUCACAAUAACAGAUUCAUCACACUCUACUUCAGUGUCUCUGGGAACACAAACAUCACAGGUGGAAAUGGGAGUAAUGACAACAGAGGGUGCAGAAUUUGCCUCCUUUGGCACAAUGGUUCAUUCCUUUAUGUCUGCAACAUAUCCAGAAUGCACGCCACGGUAUCUCGAUCCAGUAGACCAGUGUUCUCAGUAUGUGUGCAUUAAUAUGGGAUGGAUGCUGUACAACCUUUCAAGGAACUGUCAUAGAAAUGUGGAGAAACCAAACUGUGGUUUUCGAGGGAUGCCAGUUCAAAUUAACAGUGACAGCUGCUGUCCAGAAUGGGAAUGUCCUUGUCAGUGUUCUGUCCUUUCUGAAUUGAGCAUUAUUACAUUUGAUGGAAAUAACCUUGCACUGUAUAAAGCAGCCUCCUACAUUUUGGUCAAAUUACCUACGGAAAUUAUUGUGGCUCAUAUUGAAAAGUGUCCUACUAAUCAGAGUGCAAAUUCAAUAAGAAAGCUUGCACUGCCUGGAAGUGCUUCAGGUCUCUGUUUUAAGAAACUUAACGUAACAACUCCAUUAUAUACAGUACUUAUCAAUCGUUUAGCCAGAAAGGUUGUUGUGGAUGCAAUGAUCCAGUCUUUGCCCUUCUCGAAAAAUGGCUUAUGUAUUCAAGACACAGGUGCUAUGUAUGUAAUCAAUACACCAGCUGGCAUCAACAUUAAAUGGGCCCAUGUUACUGGCAUUAUAGAUAUCCAGUAUGGCUUUCACUCGAAUAUAUCUACCAAAGCAGAAGGACUCUGUGGUGUCUGUAAUGGGGAUCCAGUUGAUGAUUUGAAAAUGCAGAACAGAACAGUGAUCACGAAUAUGGAACAAAUUGAGGCUUUCAUAAAGAGUUGGCAAAUUGAGAAAUCCAUUGAUGUAACGACAAGAAGACUUAUAAGAAAUUGUACAGAAGAUAAUUGCACAUAUUGUAUGGAACUCUUAAACAGAUGGGUUUUUGCUCCUUGUCACAAAAAGGUUUCACCACAAGACUUCUGUGAGAAAAUGUGGAUCAACAAUACCUACUUUUGGAAUUAUGAAUGUGAUGCACUUUCUGCAUAUGUAGCAUUGUGUAACAAACAUAAUAUUUGCAUUAAAUGGAGAACACCAGAUUACUGUUCACUCAGUUGUCCUGAGGGGAAAGAAUACCAGCCUUGUGUGCAACCCUGUGCUGCCAAAACAUGUCUAAAUAAGUGGUUUUAUGAAGAAUCGCCAUGCUCCUAUUUAAGAGAAGACUGUGUUUGCAAAAAUGGGACCAUUCUUCAUAGAACAGCCUCUGACCUCUGCAUUCCAGAAGAAAAAUGUGCCUGUACUGAUAAUGACGGGUAUCCCCACUCAGCUGGAGAGGUUUGGAAUGGCUCCAAUAAAGGAUGCUGCAUGUAUAAAUGUUUGGAGAAUGGGAGCAUUAUUUCUAUAGAGCCUGAAUGCAAAAAAGAGCCAUCUCCAAUAUGUCAGCGGGAGGGAGAAGUGAUUAUUAAUAUUAUUGAAGAAAGAGCUUGCUGUCCAAAGAAAAUCUGUGAAUGCAACAUGACCUUGUGUGACUCUAUCAUACCAAAGUGUAAAAGUACAGAAAAACUGAUAGCUGUGUACAGACCAUAUUACUGUUGUCCUCAGUACAGAUGUGAUUGUGACCCAUCAGCAUGCCCAAAUGCUUCCCGCCCUGAAUGCAGAGAAGAUCAGUUUAUUGUUGAAGCAAAACGGGAAGAUCCUUGCUGCUUCUCUUAUUUGUGUGUUUGUGAAUCCUGCAUUGAACCUAUCCCACUAUGUAAUGAAGGAGAAAUUAUCACUGUAGAUCGUAGCACUACGCACUAUUGUUGCCCUCACUACCACUGUGUCUGUGAUGAAGCUCUCUGUCACGUACCUCUUCUGAAUUGUUCUGCUGAUAUGAAGUUAGUGAAGAAAAGAGUACCUGGACAGUGUUGCCCAGACUGGACUUGUGAUUGUGAUUGUGAAAAUGCUACUGUACCAGCUUGCAAAGUGGGAGAAAUUCAGAAAAUAGAUUCUAAUGUUUCUGGCAUGUGUGGAUGCCCUCAGUACAUUUGUGAAAAGGACAAUGUCUGUGUAUUCCAAGAAGUAACCAUUUUGAGCCCUGGUCAAGCCAUGAUUCAAUAUUUGAAUGGAGAUCUUUGUUACACAGCAAAAUGUUCACAGGAGAAAGAUCCCAGCACAGGAUUUCAUGCUAUGGACCUGAUAGUAGUAAACUGCUCCCAGAAAUGUGAAGAUCACCAAGAAUACGUUCCUUCUCUUAGCCAGCACUCUUGUUGUGGUUCUUGCAUAAAUGUAUCAUGCCUCUUCGAUUUUGACAAUGGAACCCUAGUUGUUUAUGAAGACGGAAGCACAUGGGUCUCAAAUUGUAUUAUAUAUGAGUGUACAAAGACUGCUAUAGGAGCAAUAGUACUUGGAUCCAGCAUCAUUUGCCCACCUUUUAAUGAGACUGAGUGUACAAAGAAUGGAGGCACAAUACAGACAUUUAAUGAUGGCUGCUGCAAGACCUGCAAAAGAGAUGAUAGAAUUUGCCAAAAGGUGACAGUCAGAACAACUAUAAGGAAACAGGACUGCAUAAGUCGGAGUCCUAUCGAUGUGUCUUCUUGUGAUGGAAAAUGUCCCUCUGCCACAAUUUUUAAUGUCAACAUUGAUAGCCAUUUAAGGUUCUGCAAAUGCUGUCGUGAAAAUGGAGUGCAGAAUCUAACUGUGCCACUCUACUGCUCAGGAAAUGACACUGAAAUUAUGUAUAUGAUCCAGGAGCCUACAGACUGUUCAUGUCAAUGGACCUGAGAAUUAUAAGGAUAAUGUAGGAAAUGCAUUCAAAUGGAAAUAUAUGUUUAUUAUUGUAUUAACAUUUCAUAAACAGUUUAUUAAUAUAUACAUAUUAAGAAAUGUAUUUGAAUAUUAUAUUAAAAUAGUAUAUGUUGUCAUAUAUACAACAGU